AUGAAGAAGACAAGGUCGGCUUUUGUGAAGAUCCAGCGCAGGAGUAUCCUGCUCAGCAGCACCGGCAAUCCGCUCGGGGGAGCCGCGGCCCCGCCCUUCAUUUCAUCCCGCGGCGCAUUCACGAGCACGUCCACAUGCUCCUCGGAGGCACUGCACCGCACCACUGCCACUGAACCGACCGGAGACUGGGGCGUGGAGAAGAUGGUGGUGCGCGCGCCACGGUGCGCCGGAGCGGACUGCGUC